CUCCCACAAAAUUAACUUCCUCAUUUUUCACUUCACUCUGCCUUCUCCAUUUUUUCACUUCACUCUGCCUUCUCCAUUUCUCUCUGGCUUUGAGCAAGUUCACCCUUUCGGUCAUCGUUGAGGUUAAGAAAUGGCGAUCAGAAAACCCAACAGGCUUACUCAAGCGGCGAUGCUGAAGCAGAUUCUGAAGAGGUGCUCCAGCUUGGGGAAGAAGCAGCAACACUAUGAUGAACAGGGCUUACCUUUGGACGUGCCAAAGGGACACUUUGUGGUUUAUGUUGGGGAAAACAGAAGCAGGUACAUAGUACCCAUCUCUUUCCUGACCCGACCCGAGUUCCAGAGCCUGCUUCACCAAGCUGAGGAGGAGUUCGGGUUCGAUCACGACAUGGGUCUCACCAUUCCUUGUGAAGAAGAAGCUUUCCAGUCACUAACAUCCAUGCUGAGCUCUUAGGAGGAUUCCUCGCUCUUUUUGUGAGAAAAUGGCUCAAGAAAAACAAGAUGAAGCUGCUUUACUUGCUUCUCUGUUUCUUUCUUCCAAGAUUUUCUCAUUGCAAAAUUCAAAAAUUGACUCUGACCCGAGAGAACGGAUUCAAAAACCCAGAUGGAUAUUAUGAUUUUAUUUACCAUCUGGGUUUGGAAAUGUAAAUGUUAUAUUUAAAGUUUGAGGAAUUUUCAUCUCUAGCUCUCACGGUGGUGGUUGUGGGGAUUUGUAGUACCAAUGUAACCCUGUGGAAGAAACUGAUAUCAAUAUUUAUAAUAUAUCAGAGCU